UGACGUUCAGCAGCGGCGGCGCAUAGUGCCGUCUUUUGUGCGCUUCGAUUUGUCGAUAUAGUCCGUACGACCGAACGUCGAUUGAACUUGCCCCGAGAUGCGAUAGCGUGCACAUCUCGACAAACGCGUGCAAUUUCGCGGAUUGUGUUCUCGCGAGUAUCUCUCCCGAGUGGUGCAUUCACGUCGAUAGGACACGUGCUCCGAUACGAACGGCGAUACGUGAACAACACGUGCGUGUAUUUCGACGCGACGCUAUCAGAUGUCGACAGUGCGCGCGGCGCGACGCGGUGACAAAGAGAGCGGUGCGCGGUUUCAGAUUUUUGUCUUUUUUUUUUUUUUUUUUUUUUAAAACGUGCGCAAUUGCCGAAUAUAGAUGAUAAGAGAAAACAAAACGAAGAGUUAAACGAGAAGAGAGUGAUUGAUGUUAAAUAAUAAUAAUAAAAAAAAAAAAAAAACAAUUUAAUCUUCGCAACGGAAUAUCAGUGAAUCACUCGAAAAUCAUCAGGUCGAUUUAAAUUGGAGAUUUUUUAGAAAAUUUCAAUACACACAUAUCAAACUGCGAACGUCGGAUACGGUGCAACAAAAGUCGGACAACGGAAACGCCGGCCUCCGUAUGCACGCGAGUUCGAUCGACGACGAGGACGGCGAGCAACUCGCGACGAUGCAUUAAACGCGAGCGCGGGUGCAUCGGACGCAAAUCGAAAUGUCGUUCUUCGGUUGGAAAAUGGGCGGCGGGGGUGGAGCCAGUUCCGCGCACACCGGGCGGAACUUGCAGGACGGACUGUUCCAAAUAGCGUCGCAGGCAUGCCACAUCCUGGUGCAAGUGAAUAACACGCACAACGUAUCGUACGGAGGUAGCAAUAAUGUGAAUAACGUCGCGUUCUCGAAAUAUUCCACGGCCGGGGGACCGACCGCUCCGGCAACGUCGUCGUCAACAAAGGAAACAACCGCCACGAAGGUAUACGCGACCGCGGGAUCGCGGGACAAGGAUCAGGAUGUGGUUGUGCUGUUGCCGCAACGCAAGAACCGAGCGCCGCGACUCAAACACAAAUUGUCGACCGUGUCCGAGAAUGUACGACUGGACGUAAGCUCCCCGGGGGGCGGCGACGAUGAUUUCGAGUUAUGGGACCAGUCCGGAUUUAUGUUGAGAAGCGACAUGGACGACCCUCUUGCGAAUGCAAAAUGGGAAGGUUGGUGCAGACCUAGUUGCAUACCGAUCACGGUCAUUCUGAUUCUAAUCAUUUUGGUCGUGCUGUGGCCGCUGUCGGACCACGCGGAGAAGUACGCGCUGAACGCGACCGUGACGGAUUCAGAAUCGAUAUGCAUGGACUAUUGCAACGUAUCCUUGGUGGAGACUAUACCCGUGGGCAUGAAUUACAGCGACGAAGCGCCGCGUCACGAGACCAUCUACGAUUCCUGGAUGGAACUCAUCGGAAUGGCGCAGGAAACCAUCGAGAUCGCGUCGCUCUAUUGGACAAUGAAGAGGGAGGAUGUGUUUCCUGAUGACAGCGCUAAGGAGGGCGAACAGGUUUUCCAGGCGCUUCUAGAGGCCGGGAGAGAUCGAGGGAUCGCACUAAAAAUAGCACAAAAUCUUCCUUCCCGCUUGUCUCCGAACGUAGACACACUAAUCUUAGCCAAAAAGGCUCACGCACAGGUGAGAAGUUUAAACUUCGCCGGAUUGUUGGGAGGUGGUGUGCUCCACACGAAAUUAUGGCUCAUCGAUCGCACUCACGUUUACGUCGGAUCAGCGAACAUGGACUGGAGAUCUCUCUCGCAAGUGAAGGAACUCGGCUUGGUAGCUUUAAACUGUUCCUGCCUGGCGAGCGAUUACGCCAAGAUAUUCGACGUGUACUGGAAGUUAGGCGAAGACGGUAAAGUGCCUUCUACGUGGCCAGAUUACCUCAGCACAAAGAUAAACAUAGAUAAUCCUAUGAAUUUCUCAUACAUGAAGAACAAGUACAAAUUAUUUAUUGCGAGCUCACCCCCUCCAUUUUCGCCGAAGGGCAGAAGCAACGACUUAGACGCGAUUUUGCACUGCAUCGCCAAAGCAGAGAAGUUCAUUUACAUUUCGGUAAUGGAUUACCUCCCGCUGACGAUAUACACCGCGCAAAUAAAAUACUGGCCUAUAAUAGACAACGCUCUAAGAGCAGCGGCCAUUGAUCGCAGAGUAAACGUGCGGCUUCUGAUCUCAUGGUGGAAACACUCGAGGCCGUCCGAAUCGUACUUUCUUAAAUCCUUGCAGGAUCUCACAUACAGUUACGCUAACAUCAAAAUCGAAGUGAAACGAUUUAUCGUGCCCACCAAUUCUUACUUAGACAGAAUACCGUUCAUCAGGGUGAACCACAACAAAUACAUGGUCACCGACGGAGCGGCUUAUAUCGGAACGAGCAACUGGUCGGGCGAUUACUUCAUCGACACGGCCGGCAUCGGUACCGUGUUCGAGAGUGUUGGACAUCCAACCAAGGAUAACAUAAGACAACAGUUAGAAGAUAUCUUCCAUCGCGAUUGGUAUUCCAAUUAUACCGUUCCGCUAAAUGUAAGCGAGACGCGUUCCGCGAAUUCGUGGGGUUUAUCGAGAUACUCGUAUCAACGUGCGUAUGAACCUUACAUACACACGUAAUCGUGGAAAGUGAAAAAAAAAAAAAAAAACGAUCAUUCUCAAUCGUGAUAGUUUGUUUUUAUCGCGGUAUCUUAACGUCGUACUUGUCAAAAUAUAAUGUGCUCCGAUCGCGGGGAAAAGAUUCAUUCAUGUAAUUCUCAAACUCAGAACAUCAAGUUUUCAUUUUUUUCCGUGAUGUUAUCGGAUGUAUUUCUCAAACGUACACGUUCUUUCGCCUCUCUUUUGUAAAUAAUUUUUAUAAAUGUUUUCGAAAUAUUCACGAAACUUGUACGCAAAAAGAAAGAAAAUCAAUUUUUGCUAAGAUCAUGUGAUAAAUGAUCUUUUUGCUGCUUCGGCAAAAGUUGUUUUUCCGCGAUUACAAUCCGUUAGUUGCGAGUCAUCGCGCUAUCUAAAUUUAUCGUUGUCGCACUACGAUCGUUGUUGCUUUCUAUAUUUGUGAGAAUUUACAUGUUACACGUGACGUGAAAAAAAAAAAAAAAACAAACACAUUAUGUGCAAAGCUUCUUAGUGAUUUUAGUGAGUCGGUUUCAUCUCAAGAUCAUCUCGCGCACUCUCUAAGUUGACUGAGACAUUUAAUACGUAAACUAUAAUCUCACGUCUUUUAUAUAAUUAUUUUUUUGAAAUUAAACAUCAUUGGAGAUGAUCGAUCAUGAGUUAUAAUUACGAGCUUCGUAAACUUCAGUCGAAGCGAUAAGUGAACAAUUGAUCUUGUUGUAAUUUAUAUUUAAUAUAAAAAAAAAAUUUCUUUACAAGUUUUUGUUUUUUCAUCUGCUAGAGAUGAUUGUAUAUAUAUAUAUAUAACGUGUGUGUAUUUUUCUCUCGAAUAUUUUCUUCAAAAUCAGCCUUCCGUUCUGUCUCUUUACUCGAAAUAUUUGUUUCUUUACGAAACCUCGUGCCGAUCCAACCAAUAUUAGACGGAUAUCAGUUCUUCCCUCGUAUCUCACUUUUUUAUCUCAAUAAUUGUCAUUACUUUGUAUCGCGUCAUUACUUUGUAUCGCGACGCACGUUAUUGUUCGCAAACGGCGAGUACACUCUUGCGCGCCUAACAGACAUAUCAUUGUUUAACAAAAAGGGUAUUUAAACGUGCCUUACACAAAUCGUUUUCGACGAUAGGCACGGCGGCAACGCUAAUAAUCGACACUCGCAAGAAGCUGUUACACACGAUACAUCGACUCUGCGUUCUUCCAUAUACGAUAAUUGGUAAAACUUACAUUUGGGACUAGACUAGUAGAUUGUUAUUGCGUUGUGUGCCGGUUCGUGCACGUGUGUGCGUAAAAAAAAAAAAAAACACAAAAACAAAAAAAACCAAAAUGGGACCUGAUUAACCAUCGUGGCCAUUAACUCUUAUAACUCCAUUACUUUGCGUGUAUUAUUAUUACCACUUGUAAAAACACAACGAUAAUUAUGUGAAUAAUAAAAGAUCGCUUUUCAAAAUGGAUAUCGUGAUUCGCGAAACGUAAAGAAAGAAAAUUUAUACACGGACAGGUAAAAAUAAUAAGGAAAGAUCUUUCCCGCGCGAUGUACAUCCGUAUAACCGUGCCUUGCUUUAUCGAGAAUCUGCUCAACUCCGCAAAUAGUUUGGGAAAGAAUUUUGAAUAUAUAUAUUUUUUUGUUUAAAAAAUUUGUCGCGUUCUCACAUACGCGACAGAGUUUUGGGUUUGAAAAUAUUUUUAUCUACUGCUUGCUAAAUAUAUUAAUUAUAUAUGAUUGUACAUAUUAAUAUUUGUCGAUAUCCGUCGUCUCUGAGGCAACUUUACUUCGUCUUCUUUCACCGAAACGAAGCGUGGCUAUCAGGUAAUCGUAACGGCAUUGUUUCUCUUUUGGAGUCUUAAUUUUAAGUCUUAAUUCUAAGAAUAAGAAUCUGUUUUUUUACCUAUUAAAAAUCAGCUGCGAGAAUAUGACGUGAUUUUCGUCUUCGUACGUAAUACUUCGCAAUUUUCAAAAAAAGAAAUUAAUAACUAUUGUAAUAACUAUAUAAAAACAUAUUCUUGAUGUAAUAUCGAAAUGUCAGAAAAAAUUAUUAAACAUUAUUAAUGUAA